AUGGUUUCCCUCGGCGGAGAAAGUGGCGCAUUCCCACCAGGAUCGGUAGUUCAGUUCAAAACCGUCGAGGAAUUGAACGUGCAAGGGCAGGUCGUUUGUUUUGACCCGACGCUCAAAGUGAGAAAAAUCGAACAAUUAUUUGUUUAAAUCAAUAUUUUUUGUAGGUACUCGUGAUUCGCGAUGCUUCUGCGACUCCUGGAAAGCCGAUGAUGCGUAUUUUCAACCUUUCUCUUAUAAGCGACGUCAGUUUUUUAGUUUUUAGGCAGUUUCUUUAUAUAUUUAUUCAGUAUUUAAAGUUGUUAUAAGGGGACUUGAGAAAAGAAACUUUGAUUUGAAAUGGAUAACUGGAAACAGGACUAGCUAGCCAGUCACUGGUCAAUCGGCGUAUCCACAAAAUUAGCUAACGUAGUGCACUUUCAAAUUUUAUAAUAACUUGAUUAAAAUUCGGAAUUUGCUGGCUAAAUUUCUGAUUUUUCAAUACUCUUCGUGUGCACUCCAAUACUAUCCCAAUGAUCUCUGGAUUUACGAAGGCUGAGGAAAAUUUGAAAGUGUGCUGCCGGAUAGCACUCUAGCUAUUUCACCGCGUAUACUAUUUAUUGACUACGCUGUAGAUACCUUCAUUAAGCUUUGAUGAAUAAAAUGAAAAAAAGUAUGCGUAUGCGAAGAAAAAAAGUAGUAGAUACAUUUUUUUACGAUUCUUUUUUUCUUAAAAAAAUUUUUCCAGAGGUUUUUUUCAGAUUUUUUUCGUUUUUGUUUUUGGAAUCCUUGAAAAAUGCUUCUGAAAGAACAUUUCAAAAAAACAUUUUUUUUCUUCUUUAGAACUUUUCAGAAGCAGUUUGUCUAUACUUGUUCAACCACCAAAGAGCAAAUUAUACAGAUUCAUAUGUUUAUUGAUCCAUUGAAGGCUUUCUCGAUAAUCCAUUAUAGAACGAUUAAGAAGAAACUCAAAAAAAAACGAGGAUUUUUUUGGGCUAAAAGAACUUGUUCAGAUAAAAGAAGUUUCGGGACCAACUUCCAGCGACGCGAUACAAAACUUCUUAUCCUCUUGUUCGACCAAUCCCAAGAAGGUAUAGGGUUUUCUGCACUAUGAAAAAGCUGAUUGAAAUGUUGGAUGCAGGCGGCAGAGCGGAUGGUUUCGGCCGAGAAUGGGCGAAGAGCCGAGUUGAUGCCGAUGAACGAGGUUUCACUGGCGGGGCAGCGUGCCUUCUUACAGCUUCGUCGCACGAUUGCCGACGUCCGCUGGCAGGGCGCCAACAUAUGCGUCGUCGGCCUGGUCAUCGUCUCGGAGCCGUUCAACGAAGACAGCGCUAGAGUCAUUCACAAGGUUCUGCGUAUUUAAAAUUUUUUUUGUGAAUCUCUGAAGAAAAUUUGAUGCUAGAUUUUGUAUUCUUCGAGAAAAUCAACACGUUCCUUCCCUUCCGCAUAGGUAAUUUUUGAAAAUAGAGAGAUUCGUAAUUGAAAAUCGGUUCCAAACCAGAGAACAAAAAAAAAAAUUUCACCCCAAAAGAGUUUAUAAAGCUCAUCGGAAGGGAUUUUAAUCGAAAUUUCAGGUUGAUAACAGCGAGUUAGAGCAGUCGCGAGCACAGAAAGCUUUGCUGCAAGUGAAGAAAAUACUUUCGAAACCCUUCAACCUCGAGUGUCAUUUGCCUGAACGUUUAUCAUGA